ACACACUCACAGCAACCAUGGCACUGUCUGCAAGGUCUGCUACACGAGCUCUCAGAGCUUCCAAGCUUCCACAAAACGUCAACAUCGUCUGCAAUGCCUCUCGCAGCUAUGCAACAGCCGAGCCAGAUCUCAAAGAGACCCUCAAGGCUGUCAUCCCCGAGAAGAGAGAGCUACUGAAGAAGGUCAAGGCGCACUCAUCGAAGACGAUCGGAGAGGUCAAGAUUGAGAACACGCUCGGAGGCAUGCGAGGUCUCAAGGCAAUGGUAUGGGAGGGGUCUGUGCUGGAUGCCAAUGAGGGCAUUCGAUUCCACGGCAAGUCGAUCAAGGACUGCCAGAAGGAGCUGCCCAAGGGAAACACUGGCACGGAGAUGCUUCCCGAGGCAAUGUUCUGGCUGCUUCUCACCGGACAAGUACCAAGCACCAACCAGACCAGGGCCUUCAGCAAAGAGUUGGCAGAGAAGGCACAGCUUCCAGCAUUCGUUAAUAAGAUGCUCGACGACUUUCCGAAGGACUUGCAUCCAAUGACCCAAUUUGCCUGCGCAGUCUCUGCUUUGCAGUACGAAUCCAAGUUCGCACGAGCAUACGAACAAGGCCUCAACAAAGCCGACUAUUGGGAGCCGACAUUUGACGACUGUAUCAACCUGCUCGCCAAGCUCCCAACUGUGGCAGCCAAGAUCCACCAGAAUGCAUACUGCGGCGGUGGUGCCCUUCCAGGAGAAGUCGACGUGAACCACGACUGGUCGCAGAACUUCGCUGCCAUGCUCGGCAAGGGCGGAAAGGAGAACGAGAAUUUCCACGACUUGCUGCGCCUCUACCUCGCACUUCACGGUGACCACGAAGGUGGUAACGUCUCUGCACACACAACACAUUUGGUUGGAUCUGCGCUUUCGGAUCCGUACCUCGCCUACUCCGCCGGUCUUCAAGGUCUCGCUGGUCCACUACAUGGUCUGGCAGCACAAGAAGUUCUGCGGUGGAUCCUCCAAAUGAAGGACCACAUUGGCACCAACUUCAGCGACAAAGAUGUAACCGACUACCUCUGGUCAACGCUCAAGUCUGGCCGUGUGGUGCCAGGUUACGGCCACGCCGUGCUUCGCAAGCCAGAUCCACGAUUCGAGGCUCUGAUGGAUUUCGCCUCUUCUCGCAAGGAGAUUGCCGAGAACCCUGUCUUCCAGCUCGUCAAGAAGAACAGCGAGAUCGCACCAGGCGUGCUCUCAGAACACGGCAAGACCAAGAACCCGUUCCCUAACGUCGAUAGCGCGUCUGGAGUCCUCUUCCACCACUACGGCUUCCACAAUACGCUAUACUACACGGCAACUUUCGGUGUCAGCAGAGGUUUGGGGCCACUUGCGCAGCUGGUCUGGGAUCGUGCACUUGGUCUGCCUAUCGAGAGACCCAAGUCGAUUGAUCUUAAAGGAUUGCUGAAGCUUGCCGAGGCGUAGGCUUGGAGUUUUGUACACAUUUUGUCAGAUAUCUGCAUGGAUAGAAUUUCAGAAAGCUACUCUCUCCCAACGAUCAUGAUCCAAGCAAGUGAGUUCGAAAAGCUGAUUUCAGCCUGACCUAUGCAACUCCUGCGCUAAAUUCAACAAAGCUAUUCUAUAAUCUAAGUCUGCCAUCUUCGGGUCUGCCUCCAAACCAUCUCGAUAUUGCAGACCCUCCGCUAUCGUCCCGCUGAUCGUUCUGCAUCCACUUGGGACCCUUGAAUGCGCUUCCAAUAUUCUUCAUCCAAUGGGGUGCACCUGCCGUGUCAAAAGUGUUCUUCACGCGUUCACCAAUAUCUUGGUAGAAGUGCCUAGGGCUGUCAUCCUCGGGAUCUUCUUGAUUGGUGAUGGCAUUGAAGUGUCUGUUGGCUUCCCGGACACCAUCGUCUCGAAACGCAGGCUGUCGUCCUCGGUCUUCUCGUGGCGGUCCAAAACUUCGACCUGGUAGAAGUCUGCUAUCAGGCCCACGUUCGAGGUCAAGAGAAGAGUCACGAUCAUCGAGGCUUAGAGUCCCAUCGGUUCCGCGGGAUUGCAAUUCCCGGUCGACGAGAGCCUUUCCCUCCCUCCAGCCGCCUGUGCCGAAGCCGGAAGGAUUUUCGUCGCUCUCAUCUUCGAGCACUCCAAAGCCAAACACAUUCUUCGUCUUACCAUACAAGUUGAACAGUGUAGCCAGAACGGGUAGGAGCAAGAAGCACGGGAAGAAUGCGCUAAAGCCUUGGCCCAGCGGUGUCAGUUGAAUG